AUGCAGGCUUUUGUUCCGAAAAAUAGAAGAAUCAUCGAUCUCAACAAUGUCCCCCUCGCGACUGGAACGGCUUUUGUCAAGUGGCGUCUGCCUUCGUCCAGCACUACCGAGCAUCAUGGACAUACAGAUAAAGCCAUCAUCAUCGAUCAUAGGGCGCACUGGAAUUACGAGAAGAGCCUGCAGGUCAGGCUUACCAUCGAUCGCAACCAGACUCUCCACGAGUGCGAGAUCGUCUUCGAGAUCAUACAGGAGCUUGGCUCAGGGGGAAGCAGUGACAAGAACCUCCUCGGAAGAAUCAGGCUCAACUUGGCCGAAUAUGUGGACAAAAGUGACGACGAAGAGGGGAUUGUCAGGAGGUACUUGAUGCAGGACAGCAAGAUUAACAGUACGCUGAGGAUCGGAAUUGCGAUGCGCCAAAUUGACGGCGACAAGAACUUUACCACCCCUCCCCUGAGAUCGGCCGCAGUCUUCGCGGGUAUCGCAGGCGUAGUUUCUGCGGAACAAGGUGAACAUGAUGACCUGGGAAGGCUUCCAUCAAUUCACACGCAAAGUAGAGAGGUCGCCGACAUGCAGGACAUGUACCGUCGCACCCUCGCUGCUUCCUGGCUGUCUGGCACGGACGACAUCCCUGCCGAUAAACUCAUCGAGGAACUCUUUGCCACUGGUUCUUGCGGAAAUGAUGAUUACAACCAUCCUCGCUCAAGAUGGUCGGGCGAAUAUCAACAUGAGCUGCGCCCUGAUAGUUACACCGACACAAGACAAACUAGAUCGGGGAACAGACUGUCUCCCAGUUUUGAGAGACGACCAAAGAGCUCAUCAAGCCAAUUUCGCAACGAAAUCAAAGGUUCUAAUACCUCCUCGGGAUCCACCAGGAAAACAGGCAGCAUCCAGAAUCAGCUAUACGACAAUCCAAAUGGCAAGUCUUGGAGAGGUCGUAGUGAAGCUGACGAGGUAUCUGAGUUUGAUGUCCGGGAAGAUUUGAGGAGCUGGGAAGUUUCUGUUAGACAAUAA